AUUCUAAUGAUUCUUCUACAUCUGACUCUAAGUCUCCAACUUCUUCACAAAGAUGUUUUGUUGGUCAUAUAGAACUAAUUGGGUGCUUAUCUUUCCAUAACCCAAUAGCAAAUAAAGAGACAUUCUCAUCAGGUAGGCUAAAAAAAGAUGAUUGA